AUGGAAGGGCUAUUGGCCGAACAAAAGGUGACGCUCAAAUCAAUCACUCGCUCAUUGGAGAAUUUUAAAAAAAUCGGAAAAGACAAUCUCACGUACGGAAUCGUGCGAUCCCGCCUGCAAAAAUUGAAGGAUGAUUAUGCUCGAUACGAGCAUACACAUGCCAAGGUACUCGCUCUCGCAACCGAGGACUUCGUCGCCACCCACAAAUAUUUCACCGAGGACCGAUUCUCCGCUUGUGAAGCAGCAUAUUAUACCGCCUCUGAUUACAUGGCCGAAUGGGAAGCGCAGCUGGAACCCCAAGCGACAUCCACUCCCGAGCCGUCAUCCAUCGUAAGCCAUCGUCAAAACGUCUUCACAUCCCGGUCAGCGUUUCAACUUCCGCGUAUAAGCUUGCCGAGAUUUUCCGGCGAAUUUAGCGAUUGGGAAUCGUUUCGCGAUCAAUUCAAAGCGUUGAUAAUCGAGAACAGUGAUCUCGUAGAUGUAAAUCGCCUGCAAUAUUUACAUUCCUGCGUGAAGGGCGACGCGUUCGAUAUCGUGCGAAAUCUCGCGUUAGUCGAUUCGAAUUUCAAGGUCGCCUGGGACUUAUUAAUAGCACGCUACGAUAACAAAAGACGCUUGGUGCACGAGCAUAUUCACGAGUUGACAUCACUCACGCCGAUUAAUUCCGAAUCCGCGUCCGCGCUUUCCGCGUUAAGAGAUAAAGCGAACGUGGCAAUUAAAGCGUUAAAACAUCUCGGGCGGGCGGUGGACCAAUGGGACGAUAUUCUUGUAUAUUUGAUCGUGCAAAAAUUCGAUAAGGCCACUCGAAAAGCGUGGGAAUUGCAGCUCGGAGAUACAACCGAAUAUCCCACGUUUGAUAGUCUCGAACAGUUUUUAACCUCGCGUAUACGCGCUUUUGAGAAUAUUCUGCCGUUCAAUAAGGGCAAGACUUCGAAUCAGCUGUCGGUGCAAAGCCAUGUAACAAAUACAAGUGCAAUGAAAUGUCCCGUUUGUCAGAAACCGCAUCUAUUAUUUGCGUGUCCGGAAUUUCGAAAUAAACCCGCAAGCGAACGUCGAGAAAUAGCUCAAAGGGUUCGGUGCUGUUACAAUUGUCUGAGUACCAAGCAUAAUCGAAAAAAUUGCCAAAGCAAACAUACGUGUCAACAGUGUCAACAGAAGCAUCAUACUCUUCUCCACGAAGGCGACACGAGUAAAGUUAAUGAAGCACGCUCUCCGACUGCGAGCACCUCGACGGCGGAUGAACCCGUCUCGAUUAAUACGCACGUUGUUUCACGCGUUAACUUUUCAAAAACUGGCAUUCUACUCGCGACAGCUUGGGUCGCGGUUCAUAGCGCUACCGGCACCCGGGACGUCGUACGCGCAUUAUUGGAUCAGGGCUCGGUCACAACUCUCAUUUCAGAACGAUUAGCUCAACGCUUGCGACUUAAGCGAUCUCGUGUUUCAGUCUCGAUAACAGGCAUCGGAUGCGCGGCGUCCGUUGCCAAACAAGCAGCACGGAUUGACAUCUCCCCCCGCGACAUGUCAGGUCCUGUGUUGUCCCGCGUGGAAUUUCUCGCCGAGUUGGAAUAUCUGCGCUCUCUCAAUCUAGCCGACAGCGAUCCAACAAGCUCGGAGCCCAUCGAUAUCAUUAUUGGAGCUGACCUUUACGGAUCAGUUCUGAGAUCAGGCAUUCGAUCGCGAUCUUCACAAGAACCCGUAGCGCAAAACUCCAUUUUCGGGUGGAUUCUCUCCGGACCUAUGUUCACGGAACUAGAGUCCGCCUCCCAUCAGUUAUCGACGCAUCACUGCACAGUGCAUGCGGACCUCGAUAUGCAGUUGAAGCGCUUUUGGGAGAUUGAAGAACUCCCUCGUUCGCGUCACAUCUCUCCGGAGGAAAAGCGGUGCGAAGAACAUUUCGCGUCGACUCAUUCUCGCUCUCCGACCGGGAGAUACAUAGUCAGGCUCCCAUUCAAAACGCCUCCUCCAUUGAGCCUCGGCGAUUCAAGGUCGGCGGCUCUAGCCUUGUAUACUCGAGCCGAAGCUCGUUUGAAAGCGCGGCCUGAACAAGCAACCGAAUACCACGCGUUUUUACAAGAGUAUAAACAAUUAGGACACAUGAUGAAAGUGUCAUCGCCGCGCCACAAUUCUAAUCAAAUAAUUUACAUUCCUCAUCAUGCAGUCAUACGUGAACACAGUGCCACGACCCAUCUGCGUGUCGUGUUCAAUGCCUCCUCGCCUACGUCAAAUGGUUUGUCGCUUAACGAUCAUCUCAUGAUCGGUCCGAAGUUACAAACCGAUUUGCCAUCGAUCCUCACGCGCUGGCGACAGUUUCGCUAUGUCUAUACCGCAGAUAUUGCAAAAAUGUAUAGGCAAAUUUUAGUUGAUCAACGCGACACCGACUAUCAACGGAUUCUUUGGCGAUCCGAUGUCGACGCUCCGAUAGAAGACUAUCAAUUGCAAACCGUAACUUACGGUACAGCAAGCGCACCUUACUUGGCCAUCCGAGUUUUAAACCAACUCGCUCUCGAUGACGGCCAUGACUUUCCCGCCGCAGUAUCAGUCCUUCAACAGCAUACUUAUGUUGAUGAUUGUGUUUUCGGCGCAGACGAUAUACCGCUCGCUUGUAAGACAAAGGAUCAGCUUGUAUCCUUACUCAAUAGAGCAGGCUUUCAACUUCGCAAGUGGGCAAGCAACAAUCAGUCGUUGCUUGCUGAUAUCGAUCCUUAUGAUCAUGGUCUGGCGCAAGCCAAGACCCUGCAAACGGACGAUUCUCUAAAGGUCUUGGGUCUCAAAUGGAACCCAUACGUUGACGCGUUUCAGUUUGAAAUAUCGCUGUCGACCGAGGUUCCUGCAACAAAACGCGCCGUUUUAGCGACCAUCGCUACCAUCUUUGAUCCACUUGGGUGGUUAACACCCGUCGUAAUAACAGCGAAGAUCUUUAUGCAAAAACUGUGGACGGCGCGAUGUGAGUGGGACGCCGUACUUCCCCAUGAAUUGUUCGCUGCUUGGCGUAGCUACUACGCGCACCUAUCGACUCUGCGCGAGAUUUUAAUUCCGCGAUGGAACGGGUAUGGGUCCGACACGGUUUCAGCGGAAAUUCAUGGAUUCGCUGACGCGUCUACUGCCGCGUAUGGAGCCGUCGUUUAUUUAAAACUGACCAAACGUAACGGAUCAGUCAAAAUCACGUUGAUGAGCGCGAAAUCUAAAGUCGCCCCGCUUAAACCCCUCACGGUUCCGCGAUUCCACGGUAGUACUAGCAUGGCUCAAGCAAUCUCCCGCUCGAUGAAAAUUUUCGUGGCCAAUAGGGUCCACGAGGUUCAAAGUCAAGUUCCAACGCGAUAUGGCACCACGUUCCAUCACCGCAAAACCCUGCCGAUCUCGCUUCACGAGGCGUCCAGCCGGCCGACCUAA